AUGAAAUUUAUUAAAUUUACUAUUCGUAGUGGUGCGGUUGGAGUAUAUUUCAACGAUAUACAUAUUAAAAUAUCACUGCGGUCAAUUAACUACACCAAAUUAGUCUCCUAUAACAAACCCAUUCCCUAUCAAGAUCGAAGUAUCGAGCUUUUAGAAAACUCUACUUCAGAAGUUAUUCAAUAUAAACCAUGUGCCCCAUCGCAUCAAGGUACAAAUAUAAAGACUACUAUUAUUGAAAGACAAGCCAUGAGAUUUACAAAAGAACUAUCUCCUGAAGAGAUUGAAUUUGUAGAUAUGAGCCUGUCAGGUAUGAGGCCAUCUGUUUGUGAGUAUUUGUCACAUGUCAGUUAUAGAGAAACAGGAAUACUUAGUGUACGUAACUAG